CAAGCACACUUAGUUUAGCAGCAUCCUGACGUCCCCCAUCCCCAGGUUUGAGAUAUAUCAGUGGCGGCUCGCAAAUCCACACCUUUCGCAAAGAUGGAUCGGUGAUUUUACCGAAAACCUCCCCAAUUACUGUAGGACAGCCCUGCAGAAUCAAGAGUUCAGGCUGUAGGAUAAAUAGUCAACAACUUCGGGGAGCGUUUCUCGUUGUCUAACUGUACAAACCCCCUAUCAACAUGGAGAACGACGCAGCUUUCGAAGCUGAAGCAAGCGCCGAAACGCGGCUGCGCUACAGCUCUCCUGACCGGCAUCGUCGAGGUUCUCAUAUCGGCGUGGACGCAACUGUCGCGGCUCAAGGUGGCUACGAUAAACAUAAUGUUGUUGUCUCAGAGGCAUCGCCUUUGCUUGGGCAACAAAGUCAGGAAGACGAUACUGGCCGCGUCUCUCAGGACGAAGGAAGCUCAGAUGGCACCGAGUGGCAUGGCGUGAUUGACUUUGAGGGGUUACCCUGGUGGAAGAAACCUUCAGUCGCAUGGAUCCUACCACCUGUAAUGCUUUUUACGCUGGCUUUUGGAGCAACGGCCGUACCAAAAAUAAAUUUCAUAUUGUCGCUCAUCUGCCGUAGAUACUUGGCGGACCGGUCUGCGGAAGAUCCCAACUUUCAAUUUCUUCCAGUUAUUCUUGGCGGCAAUAAUCCACAAUGUAAGAUACCCGAGGUUCAGACGCUGGUGUCUAGGUUCACCCUCUAUUGCAACCUGAUGGUCGCCAUCCCAUGCGCAAUCUUGAGUCCCAAAUUGGGCGCUUUAUCUGACCGAUAUGGUCGCAAAUAUCUUCUCGUACUUGCUGCGACAGGUUCGAUGAUUACAGAUUUAAUUUUCACGGUGGUGGGAACGAACCCUGACAGGUUCUCCGAAAAUUUGUUGUUGGUUAGCUACCUGAUUGAUGGCAUUUGCGGCUCUUUCAUCGCUGCUAUGGCCAUGUCAUUGUCAUAUUUGAGCGAUUGCACGCCUCCUGCAAAGCGGGCCGUCGCGUUUAGUGUCUUCCAUGGCUGCUUUUUUGGAGGGAUUGCCGUCGGUCCGGUUGCCGCUGGUUAUAUCAUUAAAGCUACAGGGCAACUUGUUUCCAUCUUCUAUAUUGGAGCCACCUGUACUUUUACCGUGGUAAUCUUUUUUGUCUUCUUCCUCCCGGAAUCUGUUUCAAAGCAGAGGCAGGCCGCAGCCAGGGACAAGCAUCGGCUCGAAAAGCAUUUGACCCCUACUCAGUCAUGGCUUGACACGCUGAAAAGCGCAAAUAUCCUUGCGCCACUAGCUAUCCUCCUUCCAACAGGUCCAGGUUCGGGUCGACCGCUUCGGAUCAAUCUACUGCUUCUCGCUGCGAUUGAUACUAUAAUUUUCGGUGUGGCGAUGGGCUCGAUUACGGUAAUCAUUCUUUACUCUACUUACCAGUUUGGAUGGGGGAGUCUAGAAACAGGCGUCCUAGUAUCGGUCGCGAAUACCUCCCGGUCGGUUUGCUUAUUGAUAAUUCUACCACUAAUUACGAGGUUGGUUCGCGGGCCUCAGAGAAUCACGCGGCAUCGCAAUGAGGGAGCAGAUGGGCUGGAGCUAGCAAUCAUCCGGUUUGCGAUUGUAUUUGAUGUGAUAGGCUAUAUUGGCUACACCCUGGUGCGGACUGGCAAUUUAUUUAUUCUAUCUGCGGUUGUUGCUUCCGUUGGAGGCGUUGUCUCACCGACACUGCAAUCAGCUUUGACGAAACACGUCCCAUCCGACCGGACUGGUCAGCUGCUGGGAGCCACCGGUCUAUUGCACGCGCUGGCGCGUGUGGUGGCGCCUACCGUGGUUAACCUCAUCUACGGAGCGACAGUUGGAAAGUUUCCUCAGACGGUUUUCGUCUGCUUAGCAUCUCUAUUUGGCCUUUCCGCCAUCCUUAGCUGGUUCAUUAAACCACAUGUCUAUCUUCACGCAGCAGAAGUCCCGAUCCACAAUGUAUCAUCCCAUGACUCUGGAGAAGAAGGCGUAGAGCGAUCGGGCUAAUGUUGUUGGUUUUUAACGUUAAUGUUUCAUCUCUCUUUACUGCCUCGCGGCGGAGUUCUUUCUUGCAUCUAGGAUUUUAUAGAUAGACAUUCUUGUGCGUUUGAGGGGCGUUUUGUUCGCGGAAUCGAAUGCUCCUUUGCAUCCCAAUAUCAAAGUACCCAUAAUUGUGAUAUGGCAAUUGAAGCAUUAUACAUACGGGCAUAUUUCUGAUACAAGAUUUUAGAUUUUCUGGAAUCAUUUGGCUUAUUUAGGGAGCUUUGUCUGUUUGAUAUAUAUCUGGGGUACUCCGUAUAGAGCACAGCAAUUGCGAGAACCAAUGGCGCCGG